AUAUAGCUAACAUACAAUAUGGAUCACUUGAUCUUUUCUUUUGUUUGGUUUGAUUCCUAAAUGAUGUUGCAAUGUAUGUUUUUUUUGCGUUGUUGCAAUUCUCUGGUACACUGGCUCUUUCUGUCAUACUGUUUGAUAUUGUCAGUUUCAUUAUUUUUCCAAUUCAUUUUUUUCAUGCCUGUAUACACCUGAUAUAUCGUUUUGUUGUUUAUAUUCGGAAACCAAAAACAUGGAAAAUGAAUCAAUGUGUACUAUUGCCCACCGCUAAAAUUUAAUGGCCACCAUCGUAAUCAUUAUCAUAAUCAUGUCUUGAAAGAUUUUCCAUUUUCCAAAAAGGAUUCAUCAUCAUAAUCAUCAUCUGGUAGAAUAUUACAAAUGGAUAUCGCCUCUAUUAAACGAAGAGAGCCUAACCAACAACAGAAUGCUGACGCCAAUAAUAAUCUGUUGUUGGCUACGACAGCAGCAAAAAGUUACAAUGACAAAAAUUCAUUACUCGAUCUUUCAUCAACAUCGCCAUCAUUAACAACAACAACAACGAUCUCAUCAUCACCGAAAACGAUAAUGUCUUCAUUAGCAAAUAAAAUUAUGGCCAACCAUCAUCAUGAUUUUCAUCCAUUUAUUUCGAAUCAUCACCAUAAUCAAUUGCACAAUAUAUUGAAUCAUAAUAAUAACGGUGUUAUUCAACAAACAAAAACAUCAACAACACCGAAAUCACUUUCAUUACAUGACAUUUAUAAUAAUGUUCCGAUAGCCACUACCACCUCUGCAAAUGAUUUUAUCAUCAACCAUGGAUCUCAACAUUCUAAAUCGCCGACAUGUGAGAAUACACAGCUUGUACAAUUGUUAAAACCGUUUUAUAAUUCAAUGCAAAUCCAUAUGGAUAAACAACAAACAUCAACAACAUUGAUCUCAAACGAUAAUUCUGGGGCUAAUAACUUAUAUCUGAUUGAUUCAUCAAAUCAAUUAUCACUAUUAUCACAAUCGAAUGAUUAUGUUAAUUCAUUAACAACGGUAUUGAAUUCUGAAAUGUUAACAAAUCAUCAACGAAAAUCAUCCAACUCGGAUCAAUUACAUUAUCAACAAUCGACUUCAUCAACAACGAAUCCUCAAAUAGGAUCGAAUAGUUCAUCUAGCUAUCUAAACGGAUAUGGUGGUCAAUCAUCAUCGACAUCGAAUCUGGAUCAUAUCAAUAAUUGUUCCGAUGAUAUGAUUGCAAACAAUUCUAGUUUUAGCACUGGAUUCCAUCAUGAUAUCAUCAACCCAAAUAAAGCAAAUUUGCUUAAUCCAAAUAACGAUUCCGAUGUUGACCAGAAACCAACAAAGACGACUCGUGGCCGAAAGAAAUCGAAAAGAGGCCCGUUCAUCUGCCUAGAAUGUCAUAAAGAGUUCUGUAAUCAAAGUACAUUGACUAAACAUAUGAUCACCCAUAGUGAUGAGAGAAAAUUCGUAUGUCCACAAUGUAGUAAAGCAUUCAAACGACAUGAUCAUCUGAAUGGUCAUAUGUUAACACAUCGUGAACAUAAACCAUAUGCAUGUGAUAUUGAUGGAUGUGACAAAUCCUAUUGUGAUGCACGAUCACUACGACGGCAUAAAGAAAAACAUAAAGAGAAUGCUUUGCAAUUUAAUGAACCUUCACAUCUGACAACAACGACAUCAUCAAAGUCUACCAAUGAUGAGAAAGGAAACGAUGUUUAUCAACUACCCAUCAAUGCAUCUGCACAUUUACAAUUUUUAGCAUUACAACAGAAAAAAAUUCAUCGAUCUGAAACAAUCGAUUCUAAUGAAAGUGAUGAGAAAAUUAUCUCAUCUAAUCAUAAUCGCCACAAUCACAAUGAUAAUAAUAAUGAUAAAUUAGAACAUAUCGCAAUCGAAGAGGAACAUGAACAACCACAAGAACAGGAUCAAACAAAAUUGAUCGCCAAUUCAUCGGUUGAAAAUGUUUCAAAUUCUGAUCUACAUAUAAACCUUUCGAAUGAAAAUGCUUUAUUGCAUCAAUUAUUGACAAGCAAUCAUAAUCAUCACCAUCAGCUUCCACAACAUCAACAAGAACCACAAUUAGCGGAUAAAUCACUAAUGAAUGAUUCAUCAUCCGAUCAUCGACAAUCAAUUAUACAGAAUAAUAGCAACAAUAAUUUGACGGUCAUCAAGAUCAAUGAUAAUUAUAUUAAUGUUUGUGAAAAUGAUUCAGAUAAUUAUUUUCAAACCAUAUUCAAUAAGACAAAACAUUCAUUAGGAAACAAAAAAGUCGAUAAUAAUUACAAUAAUCAUAAUUCGACAACAAUAACAACGCUAGGCGAUAGCAAAAUCCUUGACUCGAAUAAGAUUGAAUCAUCCACAUCGGUUGAAUGUUCACUUUGUUUGAAAAAAUUCGAAACCAUCGAUGCAUUAAAUGUACAUUUAAUGAAAUUACAUCAUAGUAACGAAACAACCUUGAAAACGAAUCCAUUUCUGUUUCAACAACAACUACAACAACAGCCGCCACCAAAAUUAUCAUCGCUGAUCGAUCAUCAAUCAGUCAAAGCAAACGAACUAGUAACUCAACCACAAAAUCCAAAUCAGACCUAUGAAUUGAAUAUGAAAAAUUAUGAAAUAGAGAUUGCCAAAAAUUUUGCCAACAUUUAUAAUGAACAUCAUCAUCAUCAUCAUCAACAACAACAACAACACCAAAUUCAUAAUUAUCACCAUCAACAAACCCAGGCUGCUAAAAAUUUUGAUGAUAUUUUUGAAAAUAAUCCUCAAAAGACAAAUGAUAUUGUUGAAUUUCGGAACAUAUUUCAACAUACCUCACAACAUCAACAGCAAAAUGCACAAUUCCUAAUGACAACAUCCGGUGAAAUUAAUGAUAAACAUCACCAUCAAAUGAUUGGUAAUAAUCAAUUAUAUCAAAAUAAUCCUGAACAACAAUCUCCGCAUAUAAUUGUAGAUGAACCACAUGUACAUCGUACGAAUUAUUAUCCUGAUAACGAAAUAUCACAACCUCAACAACAACAGCAACAGACAAAAGGUUUGAAUGAAGUAAUGUUUUCACCAAUUACACCGGUUACCCCAUUGAAAAAUAGUUCACAAUUUACAUUCGAAUUUUCCAAUACUCAACCACCACAACAACCGAUGCAAUCAGCAAUACAAACUGAUAAAAAUAAUGUUGUUGUUGUUAAUCAAACGGCUAAAAUGGAUUUUUCUAGCACCAAAUCUGCAAUCAUUACCGAUACAAUUAGCAAUUACGUUCAGUCAUUGGAACAAGAUUUUCCUUGUUUUGAUACGGAAAAGAAUGAGAAUAUUGAUUUAUUGCAAAAAUCCUCCACGGAUCAAAUCGAACAAAUUGUUAAUGCCGAUGCGAAUACCUCACAAAAUUUUGUUGAUCAUCAUCUUCACCAUCAAUCAUUGAGCACAACAACAAAAUCUAAUGAGCCGAAUAAUGAUGUGAAAAAUAUGACAACAUUAACAUCAUCGUCAACUUUUAACAAUUUUGAUUUACCAUCAACAAAACUAACCAGCGAUCUAUUCAAUCGAAGAAUUCAACGUAAUAACUGUUUGAAUGCUGAUAAUAAUAAUAAUAAUAUUAAUCGAACACGAGAAUUACUUAGCAUUAAACAAAUAGCGGCUAGUCUAGAAUCGUUUAGUCAAAAUUAUGAACGAAAUCAACAGCAACAACAACAACAAAUGAUUAGUCAUUCAUAUUCGGUUCCAACAACACCAUGUCAAAUCAUACAGCAUCAACAGAUAUUACCAGAUGCUACUAAUGGUAAUCAUCAUCAUAAUGACGAUGAAUCAUCAUCAUAUCAACAACUACAGCAUCAUCAUCAACAUCAACAAAUGUCACAUCAUCAUUCACUGCCCACAACACCUAUUGAUCAUGGUGCCCAUCAUCAUCAUCAACAACAACAUUUUACCUUUAAUACUGAUUCCAUUUAUCAUCAACAGCAACUAACUAAUCAGCAACAGGUAGCUUCAAUGCCAAAUAAUUCUAUGGAUGAUACAAAUCAUAGUCAUCAUCAUCAUCAACAGCAGCAGCAACAACAAUUCAACUUCAUUUUUCCCCAUGAAACUUCAACAGCAACAACAACAGCAACAGUUAAUGAAGGCCAUCCGAACACUGUUAAUGAUAAUGAUCCGAAUGGUUUGAUAGAUUCUACAAGAAACUUUGAAAUUACCAAUUGUCUUGAUGAAACAAAUUAUACCGAUUUUUCCCUGUACAAUUCCACAUCCAAAGAAAACAUUGAACAAGUUUUCAAUUUGGAUCAAAAUGCUGAACAACCGCCACAAUCAGCAUCUAGUAUUCAAUUUAAUGAUAACAUUAUCAAUAGUUCACAACCGUCAAACGAAAACCAGGAAAAUGUACAAAAUGAUUAUUUUGCCCCUUCAUCAUCCAACCCAAUUGAACCGUUCGGAUAUGAUCUAGACGCUGAUAAUACUGAUGGCCCAUCAAAUGACGGUUGUGAUUUGAAAUCAAAUAUUGUCCAAUUCAUAACACCACCAACCGAAAUCAUCAAAGAACCGAUAGUGAUCGAUACAUUCAAAACCGAUCAUCAGAAAAAUGAUUCAAUAAUGCGUGACAUAAAUGAUAAUUACGUAAUAGACGAGAAAAAAACAGAGAAAAUUCAUUAUCAUCAUACAACAACAACUUUGAAACGGUCCUGGAAUGAUAAUCAUCCAUAUCCUCGGAUUAAAUCACCGAAUAAUUUCAUUAAAUCAUUGAAUAAAAAACUUUCAGCCCUAAGCAAUGAAUAUGAUAAUUUGAGCACAAUUACACCACCGACAAUAAAGAAAAAACGGCCACGGCCUGAACCAUUGUACAUUCCACCACAUGUCAAUACGACUUUCGUAUAUCAUUCUCGACUUCGAUCUCCACGUUUUUGGAAUGGUGGUGGUUCGAUUAUAAAACCAUCAUACCAUAAUAAUGAUCACCAUAUUUCACCACCACCAUAUACUCCACCACCAAUGUUGUCACCAGUUCGAUCUGGUUCCGGUUUAUUCUGGAAGAUCAACAACUUCAACAUGAACAUCAACAACAAUAGUAGCAGCAACAAACUACCUCCUUACAAUACAAGUCAAUUUUUUAAUAGUAAAAAAAUGAUUUCCGAUAUGUUAAAAGAGAAUCAGAAUAUGAUUAAUGAACCAAUGUCCGAUUUGAAAACACCGACAACUGCAUAUGAGCCCGAAUAUGACAUUCCAACCACCGAUAUUCAGCCACAUGUUAAUAUUGGUCCACAAUUUCAGGCUCGUAUACCGACAUUCAAUCCUAACCGAAUGAAAAUGGAUUACAAAUCUGAAAGAGCAAUAUUGCUUUGGAGUCCAACCGUUUUGGACAAUCAUCAAACUGAUGAUGAAACAAUCGAUCUCUAUUUCAAGAUCUCAUGUUCAAUGUGUGUGAAUGGCCAUGGUAACAAUAAAGAAUAUGCAAUGCAUCUACUAUACGAUUGUCAUGGUGACGUGAUUGAAGCAAUGGCCAAAUUGAUUCAAAUGAAUCCAACUGUCAAUUCAGACCAUCCAUUAUACCAAUAUUAUUAUGCCAAUCAUAAUGUCUGGACUGAGAAUGAAAUCAAUUUAUUCCAGAAAAGUAUUUUCAAAUAUGACAAAGAUUUUUUUCUCAUUGCCGAUGAGAUCAAAACUAAAUCGGUAAAAGAUUGUGUACAAUUCUACUAUUUAUGGAAGAAAAAUUCAAUCGAUCACUUUAAACGUUUACGUAUUCUACGUCGAAAACGUGAAUCAAUGUUCUACGAAUUAGAUACAGAUAAUAAUAAUAAUAAAAAUCCGUAUCACAAACAAAACAAAUUGUCGAUAACUGCGAUGAUGAUAAUUCUAAUCAUCAAUCUGUAGCUAAUUCAACAACGACCAAUGGUUCUAAAACAUCGAAAAUGUAUCAUUGUAAAAUAUGUGGCAAAAAAUUCCGCAAUCUUAAAUCAAGAUCUGCCCAUAUGAAAGCACAUAUUAAUUGAUUUUUUUGAUGUAUCGAUUCAAAUUCUAACCUCCGACAACAACCCAACCAUUAUAAAAGAAAGAGAAAUUUAUUUUUUCUCAAUCAAUUGUAAAUUAGUGCCUUUCCUACUCUUUCACACUUCAUACUCGUUAAUUGUUUUUAUUUUUUCCCUGUUUCAUUCUUCAUUUUAUUUGGAUCUCACCGUUCGAUAAAUCAAUUUAUUGAUUCGAACACAAUAUAUUUUUUUUCUUGUGCCAAUUAUUUUCCCAGUUCGUUUCUAUACCAUAACCAAAACAAAACAAAGCUCUACUAAAAACUCAAACAACACACACACAAACAUCUACAUAAAAAAUUCCUUAAAACCUCAACUAUAAAAAAAUGGUUAUUUCAUUUGUAAACUUUAAACAUUCUCAAUAGAGUAUUUUUUUCUCGCCCCUAUUCACGUUAAUAUUGUUCAAGCCUUUUUCACCUCAAAACAAACCAAAAUUGUUGAUUAUAUUUUAUUGAAAAAUUGAA